GGCGCCUACGAGCUCGGCGUUUUGGAGGGCAUUUGUCGGAACGAUUCCCUGCACAAGUACAGGAAUUGGUCUAUGAUUGUUGGGACCAGCAUCGGAGCAUUGAAUGCCGGUGCGUUGGCACAGUACCCGCCGGAGGAGCAGUGUACGAAGGCGAUUCAAGCAGCCCAAGCAUUUUGGGACACGAUUAAGGCCCCUGAGGACGUUUGGGUUUCCUCGGAGUUGGCAGAUGUGGAUCCGGGUGAUACAAAGACAAGCCGCGAGCCCUGCCUUACCGGCAUCCGUGCCAUGUCUAUGGCCAUGGCCUUCUAUCGCCGGGGUGGGGUGUGCGACCCCAAGCCCGGCAGGAAAGCUUUCGAGUUCGCGGUCAAGAAAGAGCGCAUUAGACAGUCUGGAAUGAUGCUGCGUGUGGUCGCCACGUCGUUGGCGACUGGGCUGCCGAAAUGGUGGCAAGAGACCGAUGAGAGCAUCAUCGAGGGCUGCGAGGCCUCCGGUGCGAUUGCGCCACUUAUUUUUCCAAAGGAGGUGGAUGGUGUGGGCUAUAUCGACGGCGGGUUCGUGGCUAACACGCCGAUCAUGAAGGCCCUGGAAGAGGGCGCCCAAACAGUCAUCGUGGUCGAGCUGAACCCGAUGUCGAGCAACACUCUCAUUCCAAGUCUUCCGAAGCUGUAUGCUGCAGAUGAAGAUGUCGGACUGCGGAUUCUAGAAUUUGAGGCGAGCCUCAUGCAGCAAAGGUACUUUCUCGAGCACGAGCUGCAGAUGGCCUGUCAACGGUUUCCG